ACGAAAAAGAUUUUGUUAUUAUUUCAUUUCAAAUUAUAUACACUAACAAGAAUAAGUUUCUUUCAUAUAAACAGCUGCUUUAAUUAUACAUCUUUCUUAAGAUCAGAUACGAAAUGGAUUUAAAUAAAGACACGGAGGUGAAAGAACAGCAAAGUUCCAAUUUGCAAGCGGUAAAAAUUGAUGAAAGUAAUGAUUUUGGAGACAAUAUAUCAUUAAAACAACAGUUAAAAUUAGAGCCUGAACAAAGUAGUUUCGACACAAAUAUCUAUAAGAAAUACUUUUUGCGUGAGACUAAACUUAAGCCAGAUGCCUAUAUUGAAGAUGACAAGAUAAAUAGCAAAAGGAAUACAAGUAAAAAAGAUACAAUAAUGAAGAAUACUCUAGAAGAUUUAUAUAUUUGUGAUAUUUGCGAUUUUACAACAUCUUCAGAAAUAGGAAUGACUUCACAUAGAAACAGUCAUAUAAAAAUUACAAAUAAAUAUGAAUGUAAUAUUUGUAAACAAGAGUUUAGUACCAACACAUUAUUAAAAAAUCACAAAGAUAAACAUGAAGAUGAAACAUUUCUAUGUAAAAAAUGCAAACUUGCAUUCUCAAAUCACAGAGCAUAUCUUACUCAUUUGAUAAAUCACAUGACUAAGCCACCCUAUACUUGCUUUGAAUGCGAUUAUGAAUUUAGAAAACGAGUAAGUUUAAAGGCUCAUAUAAAGAGUCAUUUUUUAGAUGUUGAAGUUCAAUGUGCUAUCUGUAAGAAAAAAAUUGAAAAGAGGUCUUUGAACAAUCAUAUUCAAACCUAUCAUUCUGCAACUGAAUGUAUCGAAUGUCAUAAACUUGUGUCAAAGAAUAAUAUUGAUUACCACAUGGCAGUACACACUGGAUUAAAACCUGUUCAAUGUUUAUAUUGCGGUAAAGGUUUUAUAACCACAUCCCAAAGACUAAAACAUAGUAGAGUGCAUACAGACUAUAGACCUUACAAAUGUGAAAUUUGCGAACGAGCUUUUCCACAAAAUAUUGAGUUACAGAAACACAUUUUUAGCAAGCACUCAUCACACCGGUACGAAUGUGAUACUUGUGGUAAAAGGUACAAACAUAAGAACUCGUUGGCUAUGCAUAUCCGCAUACACUCAAACUACAAACCAUUUAGGUGCCCUAAGUGCCCAAAAGUGUUCACAGUGUUGCCAUCUUUAAAAUGUCAUUUUUAUGCAAGCCAUAUUAAAGAAAACAAAUUUCAUUGUGAGACAUGUGGUAUUAAAUUCAAAACGAUACAGGGCUUAAGAAGGCAUAAAUUGGCUAAAGCACACCAAAGAAUGGAGUAUAAGUCAAGGAUGGAGAAAUAAAUUCAUUUUAGAAAAUCCAGUCAUACUAGAUGAUUUUUUAUAAGUCACAUAAUAAUUGACCAAAAGUAUUUUAUGUUCUUUGAAUUAUUUAAUAUAAGAAAGCAAUUUAUUUACCUUCAAAACCUGUUUUAUAUUGGCAUCACCGAAUUACACGA